AUAUUAACCGUCUAACUUUUAACGUGAGAGCUCGAAUUUAUAUAUGUUUAUGUUCUCUAUGUAACAUAUAUUUAAAUUGUAUGUAUAACUCAUUAUAAUUAUUUAAUUCAUUUAUGUAGAAUUAGGUGUUUGGCCCGUGCAUGCGGGCAAAAAUAUUUUGUAAUUACUUAUUAAUACAUUUGUACCAAUUAGAAUACUAAAAUGAUAAUUUAUUAUUUAUAUUUUUAACAAUUAUUAUUUAUGUUUUCAUUUGAAAAUUCAUAAAUAUAAAUUUUCUGAAAAUUUCUUUGUACACUAUAUUCACUAUUAAUAGAUUAAAUCUUAAAAUCACUCAAAUUCUCUUUUUGAUUAUAUAAAAUUAAGAAUUUUACUUCAUUAAUAUCUAGUUAUAGUUAUGUGUAUUCUGUUUUUUAAUUUUUAACUUUGAGAGCACUUCAUUAAUAUCUAGUUUGAGUAACAUGCGCAUUAUCUUUGAAUGUUCAGUAUCGGAAGUGAAAGACGAUGUUCUCUCUUAUCCCCCAUCGUUUCCCUGAGCUCCAAUCAUUAGCUUCAAGCAUCAUGCUCCGUCUGCAGUCCUUUGAGUCUUGGUCACUCUGCUUCAUCUUGCAAGAGCAGAAUAUAAUAGCUACUGGAAUUGCGAUGAGUGUCAUCCAUGGACAUCGUUACCACUCUUACAUUGCGCAGCAUGGGCCAGCUUGGCUUCCGAACCACAAUGAUAUUGAAGCUGCCAAUGCUUAUUAGAUCGGCGCAUCCCAUUCCAUUUGCCUCCGUUGAAAGCUAUGUUGAUAGGUCUGGGAUCAUUGGUUAUCUCUCCCCUUCGGAUGUCUAGACUUAAAUCUAUAUGGUACCUACUGGUAUCUGCUCUUAUUGUUAUUUUUUAUGUCUUUCCAAAGUUUUUGGUUUUAUUUGGAACCAAUCGCGAGAUCAUGUAUCUCCACAAACUCAUGAAUAAAGGUUAUUUCAGUGUUAAAAAAAAAGAAGUUCAUUCCAUGGACAAAAUGUAAUGAUUUUAUAAAUUUUUGGCAGCUUCAUUUCAAAGGCAAAGAAAACAUCAUGUGCAUUUGGAGAAUAAGGAGGGACCUCAGGACCAAACUACUUCAUAAUGGCUACCAACCAUAACUAACAAUUAAUUUUUGUCUUUCUUGAUGAUUAAACGAAUGUCAGUUUAAUUUAAUAAAAUAUAUACAUUUGCAUAAAACUUGGUUGACUUAAGAAAUCAAGUGUUUUUGUUAAAUGAAAACAUAAUGAUAAAUAACAAACAUUUGAUUAGUUAAUUAAUGUAAGUUAAUGUUUAUAAAUAGUAUGUCAUAUGUACCCGUUGACAUCUGUUUACAUGUAUUCUGAAUUAUUAAAAUACAUAAUAUUGUUUAAAAAAAAAGAUAUAAUUAUACAAGAUUGGUGAACCUAAUCCAGAAGACAUCUACAAAGAUUGAUUUCCGACGCUAAUCCAUCGGCUGGUGACCCAUCUCCAAUUCUCCAUACUCCGAAUUAUUUCAAAAAAAGAAAAAAAGACAUUCAUUUCCCAUUGUAAUUUGUUUGUUCCUUUCUACGCACUAUGUUUGUCUAUUCUACACAUAACUAGAUUAACUCGCGUGUGGGUGUUUGUGAAAGUCAUUGAAAAUAAGAAAUCAAAUGUGGAGUCUUACUUGAAUUUUUCAUGUAGGUAAAUAAAAACAAAACAAAGAACAUAAAAAGUAAAAUAAUUUAAUUUUUGGUCAGAUGUCUCUCUUUACACACACACAUGAAAGAUAAGUUCUGUCUCCAUGUGACGAAUUGUGAAUGUAUAUUUGUAUCUGCAUAUAUAUAUAACAUGACGAAAGUUUCUUUGUGCCUAUCAAAAUCUUAAGCUCUCUCUCCCUUUCAUUUGUUUACCUCUUGCCCACUUGGCCUCUCCUUUCCCUUUCUUCACCAAAUAACUUUCCAUUAUAUUUAUGUAAAAUAUCUACAAAUAUAAACGUUUCCAUUUCCCUCUCAAGAAUCUCAAAUAUCUAGCUAUCAAAUUUUCAUUUCUUGACACACAACAAGAAGAUAAACACACAAGCAUCUAAUUCAACAACCCCUUACACCUUAAAACAAUGAAGACGCCGCGGCUUCUCGAUCUAAUGGCGGCGAUGGUUCUUCUCGUCUCUGUUGCCUCAUCUCUGCCGCCGCUUGUUUCAGGCGACCCAGGGCGGCGAGUCAGCAUGACACUGGUUCGAGGGGCCGCUGCUCUUGGUGCUUUUUGCUUGGACGGUAGCUUACCGGCUUAUCACUUGGAUAUAGGCUUCGGUGCUGGAUCAAACAAUUGGCUUUUGCAGUUUGAGGGAGGAGGUUGGUGCAAUGAUAUAGCAUCAUGCGUGGAUAGAUCAAAGACCCGUCGAGGUUCAACACGUUUUAUGAGCAAAACCGCCGUCUUCACUGGAAUCUUGAGCAAUAACGCCUCUUUAAAUCCAGAUUUUUACAACUGGAACAAAGUCAGGCUAGGUAACUGAAGGUAUUGCGAUGGAGCUUCGUUUGCGGGAGACGCACAGUUUCGCAACGGGACGUCAAUGCUUUAUUUCAGAGGACAACGUAUAUGGAAGGCCAUCAUUCUUGACCUUCUACCCAAAGGUUUAGCAAAAGCCCGCAAGGCUCUUCUGACCGGUUGUUCAGCUGGUGGUUUGUCGACAUUUUUGCAUUGCGACAACUUCAAGAACUAUCUUCCAAGAACCGCCAACGUUAAGUGCAUGAGCGACGCUGGAUUCUUUCUUGACGCAAUCGAUGUAGCAGCAAACCGGACAAUGAGAUCUUUCUACACUAAGCUUGUGUCUUUACAGGGUAUACAAAAGAACCUUGAUCCAAACUGCACACGAGCGUUCUAUCCCGAACCAUCUCUGUGCUUUUUCCCGCAAUAUGCGUUGAGAUUCAUUAGAACACCAAUGUUCAUCUUAAACUCAGCCUACGAUGUCUUCCAGUUCCAUCAUGGGCUUGUACCACCUUCUGCUGACUUAACUGGGCGUUGGAAGCGCUGCAAGCUUAAUGUGACGGCAUGUAAUCCACACCAGCUCGAUGCACUCCAAGGGUUUAGGACAGAUAUGUUGGGAGCAUUAAUGAAUUUCUUCAGAAAUUCUACUAGAGGAGGGAUGUUUAUAAACUCAUGCUUCGAUCAUUGUCAGAGUGCUUUACAGGAAACUUGGCUAUCUCCCACUUCACCAAGGAUCCAUAAUAAGACAAUUGCUAGGACGGUCGGAGAUUGGUAUUUCGGGAGACGAAAUGGAGCAAAAGAAAUAGGUUGUCCAUAUCCAUGUGAUAAAACAUGUCAUAAUCUGAUUCCAACUUCUACUACAGCAGAUUCUUUGGUAAAUUUGGACAUUUAACAGUUACAGUUUCAAGAGCAAUACGUUACUGUAAAUAUACGAAUAAUACUAAAUUGAAUUUGUAAUUAUGUGUUUUUUUUUCUUAUCUAAGCCUCUUAGUGCUCUCAAAUUUUACAUUUUAUUUUGUGUGUAACAUGAAUAUUCAGGUUCUUCAUUUUAAUGAUUUGAUUAUGUAGCAAUCAAGAUGUGAUAAAGAAGUCUAACUCUCCUUUUUUGUCAUGUUUGUAUGCUCAAGAUUGCAGAAGCUGACACUAAUCAAGAUUACGAUGAUAGUCCAAAUAGACAAAUAAAUCAUUACAAUAACAAUAAUACAAUACCAUUACAUAUA